AUGCCUGAAGAAGAAAGACCAUGCAAAACGCUGACUAAGGCACGCGUACGGCAGUUCCAUACCCGCAGUAAGACAGGAUGUUCCAGUUGCCGAACCCGUCGAAAACGAUGUGAUGAACAGAGACCAGAAUGUAACAACUGUAUCAACCUGGGACGGGUGUGUUCAUACGAAGGAAUCAAGAUCCCGCUGCGAGAGCGCAGGGCCCAACAAAAGGAGGUCCAUCCAUGGGAACAGACACCCUGGCAAAUCGAACGACCAUCACAACAACUAUCUGUGAAACGUACACCGAUACCAACACAACUACGGUUCAUGAACCAUGAUAGAGAAUACAACAAACUGGCCUGCGAGAUGCCCUUGAAAUCUCAUGAACUUUUCCAAUAUCGUAAGGACGCCGUCUCCAGUUUUUAUGCCGGUACUGACGUUGACAAGUAUUCGGGUGUGAACAAGGACCUAAAAAUAGUCCCAAGACGCCUGCCACAAAUUGGUGUGUUCUUGAUGCGUCUAACAGACGAUCCCUGUGCAUUGCGAAGUACAAUUCUAUUAGCUGGGAUGCAUUUCUGUUUCCAGAAUGGCAGCUUGGCAUCUUUUGAAUCGACAUUUCUAUAUCACAAGGUUGAAGUAAUGCGAUACAUUAACAAAUGGAUCGCAUCCAGCAGCCACAGACGUGAUACAACCAUUAUCAGGCAAAUGACGACAUUAGCCUUUACAGAGGUAGGACCCAUCCAUCUUCACCUUCAUGUUUGUAGUUCAGAAACUCAUAUGUCCAAGGUCUGUACAGGUGAGAUUCUAGGAGCUGAAGCACACGCGAGUGGCAUUUUGGCAAUCAUCGAAAAUGCAGCAGCCAGAGGCAAAAAAGAGAAGCUAGAUACCUCAAGCUCCAAGUCACCCGACCAAGAACUAGCGAAUCGAUAUUUCGUUAUGGCAUAUACUUAUAUAUGUGGCCUCAAAAGCCUGCUAGGAGGCGUUUGUCGUCUUGGGGGAGUUGAUGAUGCUAGCAUCAAAGACUUUUCAGCCAAGGAAUUGGUCGAGAUGUCACAUCUAUGGCAUAAAGGCGAGGCAUUGCAGUCAUGGGCCUUGAAACUCCAGGCCCUUCGUUUAUUGCCUUUCUUUUUAACCCCUCUACCCGUAGGGGCGACGUUCAAGUAUGCUGACGGGCAUGCUGUAAUUCAAUCCCUCCGGCAAUUCACAUCCCCAACGAUAAUCGAUGACUCACCACAGAAAGACGAGGCCCCGCUUCCAGAUUGUUAG